GGUAACAUACGAAACCAGAGGGCAGCACAGGAUGCGAUCGCGCCACCCUGCCCGUGAGCAAUCUCCCAACUCAUUUCUGCACCCGACCCACGCGACCGCCUCCUGUCUUUCCUUCUUUUUCCGCCGCGGUUUUCCUUCCCGGCGAUCGGUUCUUUUGAGGGCGACGCGACCCAUCCGCGCGCUAAACGAGCGGAAACCUAAUUGGAACCCGCCGCGGUCGCGGAACCGUCCGUUGCGUCGACGAAAAGAGUCGGCCGCAACCUCUUCUCCGCAUGGGUCCGGAAAGACCUUUGCACGAGUUUCGGGGAUUUUCUGUCGACCGCGAACGGGGGCGACCAGAGCUCGUCCCGCAGAUUCCAAAACGGUUGGGAAACGCGGAUCUCGAGUGGAGAGCCCACGGGGGAGCGGGCAAGCCGAGGGGACGCGGCAUCCGCUCUCGGCCGGCUUCGGCCGGCUUCGGCCGGCCUCGGCCGAUUCCGGCAGCGGCAGCGGCGGCGACGGCGGUGAGAACGGCGGGCGCAGUGACGGUGCCGCGCGCCGAGCCUGCUCAACCGAUGGCGGUCGUCGGCUCGACACAACUGGCCGCAGCGUUCGCGCGACGGGACUUCCGCUUCGACGAAAUCUCGGCGUGACGAAGAGCGGGACGUAAGUUUCUCGGGGAGGCGGUCGUUCCAAGGUGCGGAUCGGGGAAGGCCUCGAUCGAGAGGACGAGCCGAGCGGCCGGGCGUCGACACGUGGAGAAGAUGGCCUGGUGGAGGGUCGUUCUGCUGCUCGCGCUGGCCGCGCGGCCCGCCGUUUCCUACUUCAACCUCUUCCUCAGCCAGCCCGAGGUUCGGAAACUCAUGGGGUUGCCGGCGGAGCUGUUCUACGUGCGCGAGGGGGUGAUCAACGAGUACGCCUUCAAGUUCGUCGUCCCCGUGCCGGCCCAGGUGCACAAGCUGCACUUCACCUGGGAGAACCUCGCCGGGCGCCCGCUGCCUUACACGGUGUCGGUGGACAUCGGCGACCCGUCGGCGCUCAGCGGCUCGCUCAACAUCUCGCGGACGGGCGACAUCCCCGUGGGCGGCUCACAGACCUGGGCCCUGGCCCUCCACUGCGGGCCCUACGACGCCGAGGUCAACCUGGCGCUGCGCGUCAACGUCUCCCUUUCGAGACGCAACACCACCAGCCUCGACUUCCGCCGGAAGAAGAUCUGCCUGAAGGAGAAGAGCGGCUACCCGGGGCCCGAGGAGGUCCUGGUCGCGACCUCGGGCUCCGGCGCCGGGGGCCGCGUCUUCUACGCGGCCGUCGGCUGCGCCUGCGCCUUCGUCGCGGCCGUCUGCGUCCUGGUGGCCGCCUACUACGUUCGCGAUGGCAAGUCCCGGCGACACCGAGACCCCCUGCAGGAGUCCAGGGGUCUGAGCUCGGCCGGCAGCGUGGAGCGCGGCCCGGGGGCCACGGCGGGUCCCGGACCCGGCCAGACCUUCCUGUCCCCGAAGACGCCGCCGCCCGCCUCCGCCGGCGGCUCCACGUCCAGCUACCGAAGGCUCGACGACCGGCCGGCCCGGGAGCUGCACGAGCGCAUCCAGGAGAUCACCGUUCAGCGGUGCAGGGUGCGACUGCUGAGCGUCGAGAUGGAGGGCACCUUCGGCAGGGUCUACCGGGGCAGCUACCACGAGGAGGGGACCGCCGUUCCGCGGGAUGUGCUCGUCAAGACGGCGGCCGAGCACGCGUCGCAGGCGCAGGUCGCCCUUCUUCUGAGGGAGGGACUGAUGCUCUACGGCUUGAGCCACCAGGCCCUUCUCCCCGUCCUGGGAGUGUCCAUCGAGGAGAGGGGGGCACCGUUCCUACUUUACCCUCACACGGGAUACAGAAAUAUGAAGAGGUUCCUCUUGAGAUGCAAGCUCAACAGCGAAGGCCCGCCGAGGGCCCUGACCACUCAGGAAGUGGUGGAGAUGGCUCUGCAAGCCGCGAAGGGGGUCCAAUACCUUCACAGGAAGAGACUGGUUCACCGGGAUUUGGCCGCCCGAAAUUGCGUGGUGGACGACGAGCUCCGGGUUCAAGUCACGGACAACGCCCUGGCCAGGGACUUGUUCCCCCAGGAUUAUCACUGCCUGGGUGACAACGAGAACCGCCCGAUCAAGUGGCUGGCCAUCGAGAGCCUGUUGAACAAGAGUUUUACCACGGCGUCCGACGUGUGGGCCUUUGGGGUCUUGUUGUGGGAGCUGACGACGUUGGCCCAGCAGCCUUACGUCGAGGUAGACCCCUUCGAGAUGGCGUCCUACCUCAGAGACGGGUACCGGUUGGCGCAGCCCAUCAAUUGCCCGGACGAGCUUUUCGCCGUCAUGGCCUACUGCUGGGCCAUGUCUCCGGACGAGAGACCCACCUUCGGCCAGCUGAUAGUCUGCUUGCAGGAAUUUCACACGCAGCUUACCAGAUACGUUUAAUAGGAGAAACUCGAGCGAGCGACCCGUCCCGGUCACCGCGGAAGGGCACGGGCGCCGGCGGAGAUACGCGACGCCUUUGCGCUAUCUUAUCUCGCGCAAACGAUACGCAAACCAUACGCUCUGCCAGUUCUCGGGCCGCUUCGGGUUUGUCGAGUACCAGGACGUUUCUUCUCCUCGUUCAAUCAAACGCAAUCUGAAGAUCUCUCUAGCUUCGCCGAAUGCCUCGAUGUUGCUCGUGCAAGUCGUUACGGACGAUCGUUGUACAUAUGUAAUCGCUUAAGACCGGUUGACCGGUAAAACGUAACGUGUUCCAAACCCCGAUCGAACGAACGCCCUGCCAACAUUGAAACGCAAAACCGACCUCGUGCGUCCCGAUUCUCCGGACGUAUAAUUGUCUUUUAAACUUGAAACGUUGUGAUAUCUAUCCUUAGGUGCGUCGCUUGUCUCAUAAGUUUUCGAUGUGCCAAUUUUUCUACUUUUGUACAUAACACGGAUACGAGUAACUACGAUACCGACUUACCCUCGCGUAACUUUGUGUACAUAGGAAAUAAAUGUAUAUUGUAUCGAGA